AUGGGAGAACGGUUCAACUCGUUCUACCAUGAUGAUAACCAUCCCUUUGUGGGCGCCAUGAACAACAUGCUUGUCGAGUCUUUUGCCCGUUCUCGACGCCCGGCCUUUGCCUCUGCAGUAAUGAAAGCCAGUAACGCGAGAUACGAAUCCGAUAUUGCCGAGCUGGAGAACAUCUCGAGGGAGCUUCUUGAAGCACGUCGACAGAAUCUCGUAGACAAGAAGGACCUCCUCAAUGCAAUGAUCAACGGUAGAGAUCCCAAGACGGGCGAGGGACUAGAUGACGACGCAAUCAUACGAAACAUGAUAACAUUUCUAAUCGCGGGCCACGAGACCACGUCUGGUCUUUUAUCUUUUCUCUUUUACCUGUUGCUCGAAACACCCUCAGCUCUCAGGCGAGCGGUGGAGGAGGUCGACAGGGUUCUUGGCUCCCAACCCAUCACGGUUGCACAUCUCGCCAAGUUGCCUUAUAUCGAUGCCUGCCUGAAGGAAACGCUACGACUCUACCCCACGGCACCCGGGUUCACUCUCCGGGCGAAAGGUGACCAGGUAUUGAAUAAUGAGUACACGAUCAAGGACAAGGAGUGCGUCACUAUUCUGCUGGCAAGACUCCAUCGUGAUCCCGACGUGUAUGGCCCUGACGCAGAAGACUUUGACCCCUCUCGUAUGUUGCCAGACAAGUUCAACAAACUACCUGCGAAUACAUGGAAGCCGUUUGGUCAUGGCGUUCGAGCCUGCAUUGGCAGACCCUUUGCUAUACAGGAGGCAAUCCUUGCGACUGCUACCAUUCUUCAGACAUUCCACAUAACCAAGGACAAUCCGUCAUACCAACUUCAAAUUCGGACAGCUUUAACCAUCAAGCCCCAGGGGUUCAAGAUUCGAGCCAAACUCAGGAACCCUUCAUUUCUCGAAGGUGCUGAAUUAGGCCAUGGUAGUGGCUCUGGCAACGCGGCCUCUUCUAAAACACCAUCCAAAGCCCAUGCUGCCAAACAAGAAGGCAAUUCGGAGCCCAUUUCCAUCUUUUUCGGAUCCAACACAGGGACGUGCGAAGCUCUUGCGCAGUCUGUCGCUAGUUCUGCAGAAAAAAAUGGCUAUGCCCCCAAAGUUGACUCCUUAGACAACGCAAUCUCGUCGCUCAAGCCCAAUGUGCCGGUAGUGGUAAUUACCGGAAGCUACGAAGGUCAGCCGCCAGACAAUGCAGCUCAUUUUGUGGAGUGGCUAGCAUCGCUUUCGUCGGGAGAGCUCAGCAAGGUUCCGUACGCUGUUUUUGGUGUUGGUAAUGAGGAGUGGCAUAACACAUACCAGAGAAUCCCAAGUCUCAUUGACGAACAGCUUGAAAAGGCGGGUGCCACGCGCCUCGUCUCUCGGGCAGCUAUUGAUGUAGCCAAAACCAAUUGCCUCGAGACUAUCGAAGAAUGGCAGGAAAGUGAAUUAUGGCCAGCUCUGCAGAAACAUUCUGGCAAGUCAAGCAACACUGCAUCGGGCGGAGCCCGUGAGUUGAAACUGGAUAUUAGUCUUGGGCUGAGACCAAGUCUCCUUCGACAAGAUGUCAUGACCGCGCAGGUUUCCGAGACGCGGUUGCUGACCAAGCCUGGUGCGCCUAGAAAGCGUCACAUUGGUAUCGUUCUACCUUCUGGAUCGACGUACCGGGCUGGUGACUACUUGGCAGUCCUGCCGCUGAACCAUCCCCACGUUGUCCACCGGGUUAUGAGGAGGUUCCAUCUCCCUUGGGAUGCAACUGUUUGCAUCGAUGGUUCCAAAUCGACGAGCCUACCAACAGGCAAGCCGUUGUCCGUACAGAAUCUACUGGCUGGGAUGCUAGAGCUCGGUCAACCAGUCACGGAGCGUCAGGCACUGCAGCUGGCCGAGACAAUUCCGGACAAGACCAAGUCGGAUGAGCUGAAGGAGCGUGUCAAGCAGGGUAAUCUCUCCAAGCUAAACACCACUUUACUGGACCUCCUGGAGGAUUAUCCAUCUGCGACAUAUUCCUUCGGGCAGUACUUGGCCGCUCUACCAGCCCUCCAUUUACGCCAAUACAGCAUCUCCUCCUCACCCGUAGCCUCAGCGUCACCGUCCGAGUGCUCCUUGACAUACAGCGUCAUCGACGCCCCUGCCAAAGGCAACUCUCAGGGACAUCGCUAUCUGGGUGUUGCGAGCACUUACCUUGAGCGCCUCCAACCAGGAGAUCAUAUCCAAGUUGGUGUUCGUCCGAGCCGCUCCGGGUUUCACCUCCCAGCCGAGAGCAAGACGCCAAUCGUCAUGGCAUGCGCAGGCACAGGUCUCGCCCCCUUCUACGGAUUUGUAGCGGAGCGCGCCGUCAAGAAGAGCCAGGGCCUGGCGGUUGGUACGGCUCAGCUGUUCUACGGCUGUAACGGUCCUGACGAGGACGAUCUUUAUCGUGAGCAGUUCGAUGAGUGGGAGCGUGACGGGGUAGUCAAGGUGUAUCGUGCAUACACAUUUGCCCCGGAAAAGUCAGAGAAUUGCAAGUUCGUGCAAGACAGGAUGUGGUUUGACAGGCAAGACAUCGUAACGUCAUUCCGAGAAGGCGCUCAAUUCUACGUUUGCGGGGCUGGAGUCGUGGGAAGCAGCAUUCAAAAGGUGUUGGCCAAGAUAAGGGCUGAAGCGGCAGAUUGCGAUCAGGAAUCGGCGUCCAAUUGGCUUGACAGCAUGAAAGGGGAGAGAUACUGGGCCGAUGUUUUUGCUUAA